CCCGUCGCCGUCGGGAACACGCGAAACACGCACGCCGCUAAUCACCCAGCGCUGCCAUAAAGAUCUCUCAAUCUCUCUCGAGAAAUGGGGUAUAAAAGCCGGUGGCGUUGAGCUUCACGACGCGACGCCCUCCCCCGUGGCGGUCGAGUCCCUUCCUUGCAGCGUUAAACAAGGAGUCGCGUGGAAGAGUAGACCAAAUACAACUUAGAGCAGCUAUCUAGAAGCCUUCCCCACCCGUGGAGGCACGCCGGUGAUGUCUUCUGGGCAAUCCCACCGCGCACUCUUCAUCCUCCUCCUCGUGACCGCUGCGCUCUUCGCCUUGGGACGAGGAGCUGCUCCAGACGGAGCGGCAGGUCGAGGAGGAGACGAUGUAGGAGGAGAUGAUGUAGGAGGAGACGAUGUAGGAGGAGACGAUGUCGGAGGGCCCCGAGGUGCCCGUGGGUCGUGGUUUCGCGCGGCCGUGUCGGAAUUCGUGAGCGUGGCCAGCCCCUCUCCCACGGAGCCACGGAGUCGCCGGGAGGCCCUCGUCCACAUGGGGAUGAACGUGGCCGCGAUGGGCCGGCAGGCGAAACUCGCACGGGACAAGGGAGCCCAAAUCAUCGUCUUCCCAGAAUAUGGACUCUUCGGGUUUGGCUUCACGAGGGAUUCCAUCCUGCCUUACCUGGAGCACGUGCCGGACCCCGCUGCCAUAAUCUGGAACCCCUGCCUCGAACCGGACCGAUUCCCCAACACCGAGGUCCUUCGCAACCUGAGCUGCAUCGCUCGGGAUGAGGGCCUCUACGUGGUGGCCAACAUGGGCGACGUGCUGCCCUGCUCGCUGGACCACAACACGGGGUGCCCGCCGGACGGUCGCUUCCAGUUCAACACCAACGUGGCGUUCAGCAGCGAAGGCACCCUGGUGGCGCGAUAUCGCAAGAACAAUCUGUACUUCGAGCAAGCCUUCGAUUUCCCACCCACGGUCGAGUACUCGAUCUUCGACACGCCCUUCGCCGGGCGCAUCGGCCUCAUCACCUGCUUCGACAUCCUCUUCUACGAGCCGGCCGUGGCGCUGGUGGAAAAGCAUGGCGUCCGGCACAUCGCCUUCCCCACGGCGUGGAUCGACCAGCUGCCCCUGCUCACGUCCGUGCAGAUACAGAGGGCCUUCGCUUAUGGCCUCAACGUCACCCUAAUGGCCUCCAACCAGCACCAUCCAGAGAAGGGCAUGGUGGGCAGCGGUGUGUAUGGCCCCGACGUGACGGUGUACAGCUACGACGCAGAGAGCAAUGAGGGCCGUCUGCUCGUGGCCGACUUGCCCGUGCUCUCCAACGUCCUGACCGAUGCCCAAUCAGGAAAAGACGACAGUUUGGCGAUGCGCGGUGGAGCUUUGCAAGGAAGCAAGGCGGAUGAAGUUGCGUGCGAGAUGAAGAAUUCUGCAUCAAGAAACGUCGUGGGUGAAAGACCGGACACGCUUAACGGCAAGCCCCCACAGGGUCGACAAAAAAAAGACCGGGCCUGUGAUGAUGAGAGCACACCAGUGCCACUCGUGGGAGCUGACAACCACGGGGCGUUCGUAAAGAAGGAAGGGCAGUCUGGUGGCAGCCGCAUGGCCGACGAGUUUUACGCGAGCAUGAUGUACGACAACUACACGUUCAAGGCACUGCAGGGGCCGGCAGGCGAGGUGCAGGUUUGCCACGGUGAACUCUGCUGCUGGCUGACUUUUCGCUGCUCGGGCGAUGCCCGGGAGCUGUACGCGCUCGGCGCCUUCGACGGCUUGCACACCGUCAACGGCCGGUACUACACGCAGGUGUGCGCACUGGUGAGGUGCUCGGGCGAGGAGCGGGCGAGCUGUGGCCAGCCCGUGACGCAGGCCAGCACGCUGGUGGACUUCACACUGCGCGGAAACUUCAGCACGCAGCACGUAUACCCCUGCAUUCUGGGGAGCGGAAUGCGGCUCGAGGCGCCGGACUCGUUCAGACGGGACGCUGGAGGAGAACGAUUCCUGACGGCGACAGCCACAGAGCACGGACUCAUCACGGCUGAGAUGUACGGACGCGACUACGAGCGUGACUCAACGAGUGCGGAGCCUCACUGACGCACCAGAGCCGCCUCCAACAAGCACGCACGCAUACACGCUCGCUCGCUCGCAUGCACGUCAAUUACGGUUGCCAUCUCAUUAUAUCCCAUUAUAUCAGAAGAGGGAGAUCCACAUUUAAAUGCAUUGUUUUGAUCUUGUAUUAUUAAACUGACAAAAACCUGGACUUUUAUUGUCCUCGGAACAACAGGUGGCAACUCUAUGCACAGGUCUAAAACAUAAAACUUAUAUUUUUUAAAAUCUCAGUUGUGUCUGGUGUAAUUAAUCAUAUUUGCACAAAUUCAACCCUUAAAUAAUUUUCCAAUCACUUCAACCACAGAACGUACGUCGCGUACAUUACUUGCGCGCCUUUCACAUCUGCGUAAUCCAAUCCAAAAUGCAAAGUAACAUUUUACAAAAUAUUUUAAUGAAUGUGUGUGUUCAUACAAACGUGUCACACGUACUUGAUUUUACGCACGAAUUUUUUUACGUCUGCAAAUAAUUAAAAUCAACUUAUAUCAUCGGCAUCCUCUUUCUCUCUUCUUCAGCAAUCGUUUUUUUGCACUCGACCAAAACACCCAUGGCACGAGUCACGCCGGUGUUCAAUGCUCAAGGGCAAUCGCGCAGAAAACAGGACCGGCGCACACCUUUCAUUGCACAUAACAAUCGCGCGCACGCACAGCAUUUGGUAAACAUGCAAACAGUGCUAGGACCACGGAAAUGCUGAGCACUGGGACUAUGACCAAAGAUGCAGUCACGAACUACGCAAACAGAGAUCGUCACGAUGACAUUCAAUUACCAUCAAUAAAAGGAAUACAGUGCAAAAUAAAAAAAAACAUUUCAGUAACAUUAAUUUAUGUGGCUUAAAUCUCUUGUUUGUUCUUGGGGCGAGAUUCCACCGUGGUUCCUUCCGACUUAUGUAUAUAUAUACACACAGCAUUGAGGUGGAGCUCAUCUCUUGGUUACAGUCCUGAGCCAGUG